CAUAUACACAGAGAAUAUAAAUUCUGGCAGAGGAGAGAAGUAAGAACGUGUGGCUGUUGAAUACAAAGGCCCCUCGCCUCAAAAUUGAAUUAGCAGAGGCAGAGGCAGUGCAUUAUCGGAAACAGAAAAUGGAUGGUUUGGGGCUUCUCCGAAUUCGGGUGGAGCGAGGUAUCAACUUGGCUGUGCGCGACACCAGGAGUAGCGAUCCUUACGUGAUCAUCGAAUGCGACUCCCAGAGGGUGAAGACGAGAGUUGAGAAAGACAACUGCAAUCCUGUUUGGAACGAAGACUUGACUAUUGUUAUCAAAGACAUAAAUGCUCCCAUCACUCUGGGGGUGUAUGACCACGAUACAUUCACUGGAGACGACAUCAUGGGGAGGGCUGAAAUACACAUAAAGCCUUUGGUAGAAUGUCUGAAAAUGGGAUCUGAGGAUCUCCCAGAUGGAACUCAACUUACUAGAAUCGAGCCGAGCAGUGACAACUGGCUGUCUAAGGAGAGCUGCAUCGUGUGGAACAACGGGAAGCUGCUUCAGCCCAUCACUCUCAGACUCGGAGGAGGAGGCGUUGAAUGCGGCCAGCUCCAACUUCAGAUCGAGCCAAACGCCACUUAAUCACCAUCAGAUUACAUCUAUUGCUAUUAACAACAAUUUGUAAUUCACGGAGUAAUUUGUAGUUGCAGUUUGUACUAGUACAUCAUUUUGGCUUACCAACUACUACAAGAAUCAUGCUAUUCUUACACAA